AUGAGGUUCGUACAAGUUCAUGCUAUUAUCCAGCAAAAUCUCAAUUCUGUAGAAAGAAUUGUGGAGUUUACAGAGGUCGGCCAGGAGACUGACCGUGUUUCCCAAGCCGUAUAUGAUAUCCCACAAGAGUGGCCCGCACAGGGAGAUGUACGGUUCGAAAAAUGGGAUUCGAAAAUACACCCUGGCGAGCGAGUCGCUAUAGUCGGACGAACUGGUGCAGGUAAAUGCACACUUGUCCUCGCCUUGAUUCGAGGUCUCCCCGCAGAGACGGGUGGGAUCAAGAUUGAUGGAAUUGAUAUUGCAUCUGUACCACUGGGAAAGCUCAGGCAGGUCAUCACCGUAUUGCCUCAGGACCCUGGACUCUUCGACGGAACAUUAAGAAACAGUCUAGAUCCGCUGCGAUGCUACACUGACGAAGAAAUGAUCGCAGCGCUACAGACUGUGCGCCUUUUUGACACCAAUAGCACUGCGUCAACAAUCAAGUCCGACGUCGGAUCUCAGGCAGGUGGUAAUUAUUCAGACCAAGAUGCUGCUGCUCUCUCACGUGGCCAGCGCCAGCUACUUUGCAUUGCGCGUGACCUUUUACGACGUUCGCGUAUUCUCAUUCUUGAUGAAGCUACUGCAUCUAUUGACCAUGUCGCCGACGCUGCGCACCAUCUUGUCGCCCUUGACGCUGGUCGUGUAGUUGAGCAGGGCUCUGUCAGAGAACUUCUUAUCCAUCGUGGGGAUCCAGACUCCAUGUUCCGUCACCUAUGUGAAGAAUCUGGAUAUCUCAAGGAGAUUGAGGAACUUGCGGCUGGGUCUGGGUCUAUUAGCUGA